CUCAGUGCGUUCAAGGAACCUUUCCAUGCUGUCAUUUGGGUGAAGGACCUACGCUUGGCUUUGGUGAUACGUCCCCUCCACAUUGAUGACCUUUUAAAUCCGCAAUCACAAGAAGAAAAAAAAACAGAGACAAGAGGAUUUGGGGGGGCAUCCCUGGACAACUUUUCCCAAAAAGUUGCUCGGUAGAAUUCACCAUUUCACUUUUCUAAACACUGCGUUUGCGCUCCACUGAAGUCAUGGGUGUGAAAAUGCUCCAGUGUUUCCCCUUCUACAGACGCUGCAAGGAGCGAUGCAAGAGCAGACAGUGCCCCCCGGAGUCAGUGUCGAGUGAGGAGUUGAAGCCGCGUCUGUCCUCCACGGCGUCGUGGGGCAGCGAGAACGAGAGCUACAGCCCCGGGUGCUACUUCUCCCACAAGGCCCGCCUGUCCUUCAGACACCAGAUGGACAGCAACAUCAACGCUGUCGACGCCACAUACUGAGGAAGGAGAACUCUGAAACACUCCCUUACCAUCGAGUUCCCAGCAACCAUCGCCAGCCCAACCUUAAUAUUGUGGAUGCCCUCAUCGGCCCAUUUGAAUACAUGGACAGCAACAUCAACGCUGUCGACGCCUACUGAGGGAGGAGAACUCUCAAACCAAACACCCCCUUUAUCAUCCAGCUCAAUCCCCAGCCCAACCUUAAUAUUGUGGAUGCCCUCAUCGCCCCAUUUGAAUACAUAGACAGCAGCAUCAACGGUAACGACACCACAUACUGAGUGAGAACUCUCAAACCAAACACCCCCUUAAUAUCCAGCCCCCAUCCCUAGCCCCCAGCCCAACCUUAAUAUUGUGGAUGCCCCCAAUGCCCCAUUUUAAUAGAUGGACUGUAACAUCGACACUGUUGGCGACACUUACUGUGAGAACUCUCAAACCAACACCCUUCACCAGCCAACUCCAGCCCCAGCCCCAGCCUUAAGUAGCAGAUGUAAUGGAUACCCCCAUCACUCCAUUUGCGUGCAUGGUCAGCAACCAUGCGCCAGCGCCCUGGUUGACCCAGCCCUCUUAUUCCUGUACAUGGACAACCACAUCAGUGCUAACCUCAACAUGGCGGAGGGAGGCAUCUGUGGUUGACACCCGAUUCCUGGAAGAUAGACACAAAACCAUUAGCAUUAUGAAAGGCAACUAAUGAGAAACCAUGUGCCUAAGCCAAAAAACGUCUCCCAACAACUCACCUCAAUGUCAUCAUGAUGGAAGCCUCCAAACAAGAACUGUCAGCAAUGCAAGCUGCCCACCCCCCCUCCCCCAUCCUCUAGAUGGCACAAGAUGUGUGUCUGAGAACAUCCCCUUUAAACUAGCAUUCCCCUUUGAACUAUGCAACAUCAUGUGUGGGGUUUGAUGUUGAAUCUUCAUCCAAGGUGAAAGUUUGAGCAGUAUUUGUAUAUAUAAAAAAAGAAUGUGUGAAAUCCAGUGCUCAAGAAAGACUCGUAUGGUACUUCACCGAGUGUUGCCCUGACUCAUCCACAGAGAUGGGGGGUGAGAUGGAUGGAUGAGAGGAGGGAGGGGAGGAUGGAAGACAAAACCAUAACUUGAUGUGAAGGCACAGCAAAGGAGAAGUUUACAUCAUCAUUACCAUCAAGUGCAUUUCUGGCUUUGUACAAAUAUUACAGUCAACACAAUUUCAUAGGCGUGGUUGUGUAUGUAACAGUAUGAAUACAAGUGAGGUGUGUGUGUGUGUGUGUGUGUGUGUGUGUGUGUGUGUGUGUGUGUGUGUGUGUGUGUGUGUGUGUGUGUGUGUGUGUGUGUGUAAGUAGUUUAGGUGAGAUUAACCAACAAUUUCAACAAAAUUAACGCAAUUUCAAACUUCUGUGCUAACCUUGUUACAUAGAUUUUUGACAAUGAACUACACUUGACUUCAUACGGUAUACGUAUGGUCGCAAUGUUACUGAACCCAACAGAGUGAUCCAGCAUGAGUGUGGAGAGUAAACUGGACCAUGAAUUCAGAGUCAAACCAGAUCUCAUCAACUUCAAUGUGAAUCCAGAUGGAAUCACAUUCAGUGUGAAUUCAGCGCUCAUCCAGAUUCAGUCUUGGAUUGUACAUUUGAAUUGUCUAUUUUUAAAAGUCAAAGGUGAAAGCAAGUACUUCUUUUUUGUAACAAGCUUUCGAAGCCACUUAGAUGUAUGCUGAAAGAAGUAUUGCACAAAUGUUUAUAUAUUUUGUACACUUUGUUCGAUUGUCAAAGACCUCAUAAUGAAAUCAGAGACCCUGCCAUAUUGUUCUAAAACUAUGCCACACAGCCUUAGGAGUGGUACACUGCAACAGAAGGGUGGAAAAGUCAUUUCUCCAAACUCUGGAACAUAGACAAAUAUCCAUGUUUUUUUUUUUCAAACGUAUCUCAUGUGUAAGUAUUUUGAAUGUUAAAUGCGAGUUUUUGGGAAUGUUUUUUCCACCAAAAGAUACAGGAGGAUAUUUUAUACGUGUCAAUCCCAGGGUCAGAAAAUACAAAAAAACCCUUCCACAUUUCCAUGCCAACAGUAAUGACUUAACCAGAGCAGCUGAUGAAGCAUCUACCUGACUAGAGAGCUGAUUAAAACUAGCUGUUUUUAUCAAGGCUGCCUGGGUUAGCCAUAGGGCCUACAGGACAUUUUCCCUGUGGACUGUGGACGAUGUUGGCCUGGCCCUCACCUCAAUGGUAUUCUCGUGCUCUCGAGUACUCUCGUGCCAUUACAGCAAGUCUCUUCAAGACAGUCAGAUUUAAGUAAAGCAUUUUGGCUGAUGUGGUCAAAAAAAGCUCAUGUUAGGUUGGAUGAUGAAAAGGUUUCAUUGUCUCUCUCAAUGCCUGGUGGACCAGUCCUGUCUGAAAACGCCUGGCCGCAUUUUUUCUUGCCCCAGUCAAAUUCUGGGUUGGCUGAAAUUAGCACCAGGAGUUUGACUUAAACCCAGGAUUGACACCUCUGAAUGAAAUCUGCCUGAGAUAAUGUGAGAGACACUUUUUCAUUUGUAUUUUUUUUUUAAAAAGACACCCCAAAGAGGUAUAUUUUUCAUGUUCAAUGUCCGUUUUCUAUUGUAUGUUUUCCUUGAUGAUGGUCAUGACUUAAUAAAAUGUCUCGAUAUCAUGA